CGACAAGCGGCCGGGAUAUGAAGCGGCCCUGAUCCUGCGCUGAGGGGCGAUACUGACUUAUAGAAUCUCUGCAGGGACCGAAGGGAGAGAUUCCCUGCCAACACUAAUCAUGAGUAACAAUAUCGGCCCUAAUAAUAACAACAACAGGCAGACCAAAAGGGUGACAAACAGCGGCUCCAUACUGCUCACCGCGCAGGAAAAUGAAAGUCUCUUUAGUUACCUGGGCAAGAAGUGUGUGACCAUGACUUCAGCAGUUGUUCAGGUAUUUUUGUCAGAUCGCAACUCUAUGUGGGUUAAGAAAUGCUGUGGAGUGGUGUGCCUGGUAAAGGACAAUCCACAAAGGUCGUAUUUUAUUAGAGUUUAUGAUAUCAAGGAAGGUAGACAACUCCAUGAACAGGAACUGUACUAUAAUUUUGUAUAUAAUAGCCCAAGACCGUAUUUUCACACUUUUCCUGGAGAUACAUGUCAGAUUGGUCUAAACUUUGCAAGUGAAGAAGAAGCAAAAAGAUUCCGAAAAGCAACGACUGAUUUAAUUUCAAGAAGACCAAGGAAACCUGAUAAGAAGCGAGAACCUCCAAAUGGGCCAAGUCUACCAAUGGCAACCGUUGACAUUAAAAACCCAGAAAUCACAAACAGAUAUAAUGCACAAGUGAACAACAUUCCAUACAAAAAUGACAAGAAAAAGGGAAAAACUAAGAAGAAAAAACUUACAAAAGCUGAUAUUGGAACUCCAAGUAACUUUCAACACAUUGGACAUGUGGGUUGGGAUCCAAACACAGGCUUUGAUGUCAACAAUUUGGACCCGGAGCUUAAAAAGUUGUUUGACUUAUGUGGCAUAUCAGAAGCUCAGCUGAAAGAUAAAGAAACAUCAAAAGUAAUUUAUGAUUUCAUUGAAAAAACAGGAGGUGUCGAAGCUGUCAAAAAUGAGUUGCGCAGGCAGGCACCACCACCCCCUCCUCCAUCUCGAGGAGGUCCACCACCACCACCACCUCCACAUAGUUCAGGACCACCACCACCGCCACCUCCUGCAAGGGGCAGAGGCGCCCCACCACCACCUCCAUCCAGGGCACCAACAACAGCUCCUCCACCUCCACCACCUAUCAGGCCAGGGCAGUCGGGGCCUCCACCACCUCCUAAUAGAAUGUAUCCACCACCACCGCCAGGGCAUACCUCCUCUGCACCCUCAAGUCCCCCACCUCCACCACCUCCUCCACCUUCAUCUGGUUUUGGAGCCGCUGCCCCACCUCCUCCACCACCACCACCACCACCUGGCCCCCCUCCUGAUUUUUCUACAGAAAAUGAUAAUCACUCUGCUGUUUCUGGUGCAAACAAAUCUGCACUUCUGGAUCAGAUUAGAGGAGGCGCUACACUUAGGAAAGUAGACAACAGAGAAAGUCGACCAACGUCCACAUCUGGAAGAGAUGCCCUGCUAGAUCAAAUUCGACAGGGCAUACAGCUGAAAUCUGUACCUGAUGAGUCGGACACAGUGGCAUCUACCCCUGCACCUGCACCCACCACAGGAAUUGUAGGAGCACUGAUGGAAGUUAUGAAGAAAAGGAGUAAAGCCAUUCAUUCUUCAGAUAGCGAUGAAGAUGAGGAUGAAGAAGAAGACUUUGAUGAUGAGGAUGAUGAAUGGGAGGAUUGAUCAAUACAUAUAUAUAAUAUAUAUAUAUAUUUUUUAAGAAUGAAUACUAAACACUUUCUGUCUAUGGAUUCUGUAAAAUUAUCAUGUAAAUUGUCUACCAAUUUGCUGUAUAUUUUUGUUGCCUUUUGCUUUUUUUAUUAAUCUGUGCAAUACCUCACUCAAAAUGCAAAGGUUUAGUCAUAAUGCUCCACACAGCUUCUUCCCUCUAAAUGUGCGCAAACACAUCCAAUUGCUCAUUGCAUUGGAGGCUAAACAGCAUUGAACUGACAGAAGUGGAACGGUGACUGAAUAACCUUUUAAUUGUUAUAAUGAAAAAAAAAAAGAAACACUAUUUUCUUACCCUAAUUUUCUGUACCUAAAUUUCUUAUUAAAAUCUAGAAUAGCACUACAUUUGUUUUUUAAGUGACGCUGAUCUUGGCUUACUAAGCCAUUUCAUUUUGAAUGCAAAAAGUAUGUUGAUUAUGUAUGUAUGUAUGUAUUAAAUCCUUCUUUGCACGUUUUGGUUCACACUA